AUGGACAAGGUCAACGUUUCGGGGUUGAAGGGGCUGCUGAAUGGGAUGAUAACAUUCGUCAAGGAGCACGUCGCUCUCAAACGGUCGGGCCAUGUCGGAGUUGCUGCCGACGCUUGUGACGACGACGACAAGGAGGCCCCUUCGGCAUCCCAAGCAGUAGGUGUCGCCCACACCGUCGAUGAUGCGCGUGGGACUUUGAUCGGAGAGCCUGGAGGUGGCAUCAACAAGGAAGAUGAGGAGGCAGGAAGGGCGGUGACUGGGACCGCAGAGAAGCACCAGGACGAGGACGUCCAUCAGGAUGAUAACGAGGAUCAGGAAGAGGACCAUGACAAUCGUGAGGAGGAGGAGGAGGAGGAGGAGGAGGAGGAGGAGGAGGAGGAGGAGGAGGAGGAGGAGGAGGAGGGGGGCUCGGCGGAAGAGGAGGAGGACGAGGAGGAGAUGGAGGUGGAGGAGGAGGAGGAGGAGGAGGAGGAGGAGGAGGAGGAGGAGGAGGAGGAGGAGGAGGAGGAGGAGGAGGAGGAGGUGGUGGAGGAGGCAGAGAAGCAGUCGGCGGAUGUUGUGAACGAGGGAGGGGAGGACGCCGACGAGGAGAGAGUCGGCGUGGAGGCGGCUCGCGGGGGGAGUGAAAAGGUCAUGGUCGGCGAUGUGGUUGGCGACGCGAAGGAAGUUGUCGACCUCGAGGCCGUUGGAGAAGGGGAUAACCCCGCGGCCGCGAAGCAAACGGGCGUGGACGGGCCUACCGAGACCACCGCAGGGAAGGCCGGGGGGAGCGCUGCGACAGGAGAACAGGCGGUUGACGGCAGAAAAUGCCCGGAGAAGGCGCACGGAGAGGAAAGGGGUCGGGUGGACAGGUUUGCAUUGGGGAUACGUGGAAUCCUCGACAAGCUCCAGUCGUUGGCCGACAAGGUCUCCGUCUCCGACCAUAAUGCGCCGAAACGGCUGCUAGAUGCAACGUCGGCCGUGUUGACAACCAUCGCGGACAACAUCACCAGCUACAUGGACAAAUCGUGGAAGGCGAUGAAGUCCUUCGCGGAACAGGCGUCGACGUGGUUGGCGGAAAUCGACGGUCCAGAGGGAAGUAUGGUAGUUGAACGCGCAAAAGCGGUCACCGCCUUGGCCAACCACGUGGAAGUGGUGGUGGACGAUGCGAAGCUGGGUUUGGAGGACUACAUCUCUAAGCACCUAGCCGCCGCGCAGACCAACAUUGCCGCCACGGUAACUCGCACCAUCGCCGUGCCGCUGCCGCCGCCGCAGCCCACGCCAGCCUUCCCGGACGAGCUCAUGAAGUCGUUCAAGGCGGACGUGUUGAAGGUGGUGACGGAGGCCACCCACCAGUCGUUUGUUGCGUCCGGGUUAAAGCUCAUAACCGAGGUAAUCGGCAAUGUGGCGCCUGGUCGGCGUGGGUCGUCGCCGUCGGCCAAUGACGCCGACCCCGCGCAACGAAGGGAGGCCGACAAGCAGGGCCAGAAAAGGGCGGGCGGCGGAGAUGAUGCGGGGAGCAUGAAGCAGAGCAAGGGAGCCGAUGGGAGCCGCGGUGUCGGCGCGGUGGGUCCAGGCGGCUCGCGGACUCGAGGUGAGAGCGUGGUCGACCAGCUCAAGAAGAACGGGGCCAAGGUGAUAAGGUCGCACAGCAAGGGUGAUGGAAUCGGGAGUGCAGAUGGGGGCCAUGCCGACGAGGUUGCCGCGCAAGACGCUGGACCAUCAGCCUCGCCCCUGGUUGCUGAGAAGCCCCAUGGUCUGGCGAGCGGCGGGAAAGGCUUGAGCGACAAGGAGAUCCCAACCACUCAAACGGCGAUAGAUGGCGGCGCCAGAACCGUCAAGGGACCGUCUGUCAGGGUGGCGGGGACCACGUCGAUUCCCCGUAAACCCCCUGUGGCUAGCAGCACGCCGGUCAGCCCGUCAGCCGCCAACAACAAUGGGCCGGCCCUUGCCGCUACUCCAGCUCCAGCAGGCCCGUCUGCCGCCAAGGGCGACACGAAGGAUGCUGCGGCUAACUGUCAAAGUGCCCGCAGCGGCGAACGCGCUCAGGGAAAUGCUUCACCGCAUGGAGGCCCAUCGCAAGGACGUGCACCCUCGGCGAGUCCCCCCGGUGGUUCAGCGGAGCCAAAGACAACCACUGAUGCUGUCGGCGAGGGAGAGUCGAAACGGAAGGGGAAGGCCAACACAUGGAAAGGGAGGGCGAGCUCUCAGAGGAAAACACGGGCGAUGACGGCCGAGACAGGGAGGGAGAAGGCAAAGGAGAAUUCGGUGGAGAAAGGGAAGGAGAAGGCGGAGGAGAAUCAGGAGGAGAAGUCGGUUGGCGAGGGUACGUCGGUGAAGAAAGGGAAGGAGAAGGCGGCGGAGAAGGAGAAGGAGAAGGAGAAGGCGGUGGAGAAGGAGAAGGAGAAGAAGAAGGAGAAGGAGAAGGAAAAGGAGGAGAAGGAGAAGGAGAAAGGACGGAAGGGUCAUGGCAUUCGCCACGACAACUCGGGCGACGGUCUAGGGUGGGUGGGCGAGAUUAAGGUGCUCGGCGCUAAUCGAUACAUCGGCAAGUCGCACGACAAGAUGGAGCCGGCGUACCUGCACUCGAUUGCGUACAUCGUCUACGACGGUUACGUCAGCAAGGUCCUCAUGGCCGAGCUCACCGACUUGGAGGAAACCGAGUUGGAGAAGUGGAGGAAGGUGUGGGAGGAGGUCAAGAUUUUGCCGACAGGGAUGUGGACGGUGAUAUGGGCACGAGGCGCGUACCUUCCAAAAACACGAUAA